CAAACACCCACACAGGCAUGUGCGUGUGUGUGUGUGUUUUGGGGAGGUGAAUCCUUUAAUCCCCCAGGACCGCAGUGUCUCCGGCAUUUGCAGGAUUUACAGCAUGUUGGUAGCUCAGGUUCUCGGAUCGCUUCUGGUGCUGGGAUGGGUGGCCUCCCUCCAGGGGCUCCAGGCGCCCCUCUACACCACGCAGGAAAACUUCAACCUCGACAGCUUCCUGGGGAAGUGGCAUGAUCUUGCCAAGGCAACCGACUGCCCUCACGAGAGGCACAGCACAGCGGACCCUGCCAUUGGUACCUUGGAGAUGAAGGCGGGGCUUGAGGCGGGCAAGAUUCUGACGAAGUGGACCGUUCUCAGGGGGGAAGUAUGCAAAGAAAUGAGUUUUUUUUCUGAGUUGACGACCACGCCAGGACGAUUCUUCUACCGCAGCCAAAGAUGGCAGGCUGAGAUGGACGCCUACGUUGUCCACACCAACUACCAGGAGUACGCCAUCGUCAUCACCAGCAGGCAGAAGUCCUCCGGGAACGCCACUAUCGCAAUGAAGCUGUUAAGUCGAACCAGGGAAGUGAGAGACACAGUGAUGGCUGACUUCAAGACCCUCGUGAGCAGCAUGGGGAUAGCUGAAGACAGCAUCGUCAUCAAUCAGGACGAAGGCGAUUGUGUCCCGGGUGAGGUCACAGCGACAGAGGGAACUCCCAGAUUUCGGAUAGUCCAGAGGAAGAGGAGAGAAACAGAACCAGAACCAGCCGAAGUGGAAGGCUCCGGGACGGCCGCCACUGAGUUCACAGACGCAGCUUCCUGUAUGGACGAGCCAGACUCGGGCCCUUGCUUCGGUGCCCUGCAGCACUACCACUACAACUCCUCCUCCAUGAGCUGCCAGGAGUUCCAGUACGGCGGCUGCAUGGGCAACCAGAACAACUUUGUGACCGAGCGAGAGUGUCUGCAGCGCUGCCGAACUGAGGCCGCCUGCCGUCUGCCCAUGGUGGCCCAGCCCUGCACGGGCCAGCCCGCCGUGUGGGCCUUCGACGCCACGUCGGGUCUGUGUGUGGCCUACAAGCCGGGCUUCUGCCAGGGCAACGGCAACAAGUUCUACAGCAAGGCCGAGUGCGAGGAGUACUGCGGCGUGGUCAAAGAGGAGCCAGUGCUCCUGGGACCGGAUUGAGCGAGAGGAGGGAGACGCGGAUCAAUUUGAAACAUAACAAAUAAAUAAAAAGGUUGAUCAUGGUUUGUUUGUCUGUUGUCUGGU